UAAGAAUACGCGUUGAGUAUGUUCCGAUUAAAAGAGAUUUGGGUACUAAAAUUAUUUCAACAGCUUGAUAUUUAAAACGUUAAAGUUAUUUGACAUUACAUUACAUUAAAUUGAGUGUUUAGCACAAUUAAAACUUUUCUCAGUCGGCAUGCGACAAUUAAAACUUUUCUCAGUCGGCAUGCGACAAUUAUAAACACUCAUCCGCGUUAAAAAUACGCUAGCAUAAUUUAAUUUAAAUAAUUAUUCAGAGUUGCCAAUUUUUGUUACUUCAGCAAAUGACACCAAUCACUUUGCGAUUAAUAGAUAACCCUUUAAAACUACACGAACAUGUGUUGAACAACAGCAAAUGGAUUUCUCAGUUAAGUGUUUUAAUUGGUCUAUUUAAAACAAUUUGGAACGGGCUAUGAAUGGAACUGAUCUCUGAUAAAUAUGAAGAGACUUAAAGUGUACCUAAAGGAUGGCAUCAAUGUGGCGGCGGUAAUGGGUCUAGGCGACACUAUAGCCCAGUUAUUUUUUGAUAAGAAACCGUUGGACGAAUGGGAUGCGGGGCGAACCCUGCGAUUCGGCAUCGUUGGACUGGUGUUCGUUGGCCCAACUUUGGGCCGGUGGUACCAUUUUUUGGAGUCCCGGGUUCCCAAAACCUACUCGCCAAUGCGGCGGGGAGUUACCAAAAUGCUGAUCGACCAGACCCUUUUUGCGCCACCCUUUACCAUGGCCAUGUCCUUUCUGGUGCCACUGACUAACGGAGAGCCCAUCGAUCGAAUCCGGCAGCGCAUUCUUGAUUCCUACGUAUCUAUAUUGGUCCGUAACUACAUGCUCUGGCCGGCCGCACAGAUGCUAAACUUCAGGUUCGUGCCGCUGGGCUACCAAGUGCUCUACGCCCAGUUCAUCGCCCUCGUAUGGAACUGCUACCUGUCCAUGAUACUUAAUAGCUAGGGCACUGAGUUUCCCCGCAUUAGUAAUACGGUGCCUGUGUAUCAAAUUUAUCAAAUAUAUUAUAAUACAACAUGUGACUUCUGAUUAAA